AUGGAUGCCUACAAGCACUUCCUGACUGAAGCAAUUGAAUACGCCAAGAAGCAUGCCACUGAUCGAGAUCAGAUCAGGACGAUCGCUAUGGAGAAAUUAUUUGUAUUAUUUGGAAAACAAAUUCUGACAAUCAUUCCGGGUCGAGUAUCAACUGAAGUGGAUGCAAGGUAUUGUUUGAUUAAUGCUCUUGUUUAUAAGUCGAGCAAUGAUGAACUCUUCUGCUACGCUAUUUGUCUUGUUUGUUUCGAAAGCAACUGA